GACCAUCGUUGGACCCUAUAUUGUAGGUUCAUCAUAGCAAUAUACAUCUUAGUGCCGUGAAUCUAAAAAGCUUAUCCCAUUGACACUUUGCUACUAAAACCACCAUGGCUAUUGAUCCAUCCGCAAUACUCUCAGAAAACAAGCGGUUCUUCGAGAAUGAUGCAACGACACUGCUCCGAUUGGGAGACCCAAAGGUAUAUCUCAUCCAGUCAGCAUCCCGGAUAAUUCGAGACUGUCCACCCAAGCUGCCCUGGGCAUCGCUCUUCCGCGGCCACGUCCACCGCGGCUUAUUUGUCGGUCCCACAGCCAUAGCCUACUUCUUCUGGACCCUCUCCACCAAACACCCCGAUUUGGAGAUUGAGGGCAAGCUACCGGUGGAUUGGUGCAAGGCCUACAUCGAGCUAGGACAGGACUCUGUGCCUCCCCUGCUGGAGGAAAGCUGUGGGAUUACUAACGAGUUUCUAACUUCAAAUGCUAUCAAGGCGUGUCUCUACCAAGAUGAGAGUCGUGCAAUGGAAGUGAUAUCUGCUCUCCGCAGUCUGGAAACAGAUCCAACUUACUGCGAGUGGAUGAAGGGCCGCGCAGGGGCGCUCUAUAUUCUGCGCAUAAUUCGAAAGUGGCUUCCUAAUCUAGCCACAGCCGUGAACGAGGUUAUAACGUUGCUAAUCGACGAGAUCCUCCCCCAGCAGCCGUGGAGCUGGAGCGAUAGGAAAUAUAUAGGGGCAGUGCACGGCGAUAUUGGAAUCCUGACCCAGAUCGUACUGAGUGACCCGUCCUACGCACCUAAGCUGGAAAGCAAUCUCCUAGAAAUCCUGGAGCUACAGGGAGACGAGGGCAACUGGCCAGUUAUUGAAGGGAAAGAGAUAGGGCUUGUGCAGUUCUGCCACGGUGCGCCGGGCGUCCUCAUCUCGCUCUUGCCUAUUAGACAGUAUUUUCCGGCACUGCAUGAGAAGAUUGAUAAGGCCAUUGCGCUUGGGAGGAAGGUGACGUGGGAGAGGGGUCUCCUGACGAAAGAGCCCAAUAUCUGUCACGGUAUCACAGGCAAUGCCUUGGUUCUUGAGGCACCGCAGAAGGAGCACUUCCUUCGUCUUGCAACGCCUGAGAAGGUCGCGCAGGGCGUUUCGGAUGGGGUAUUUGAGAAGGAUGCGGACCCAUUUGGAUUGCUCUGGGGAGAGGCGGGUAGGGCCUGGGUCUGGAUGGAAGUUUGGGAUGGGAGUGAGGGGAAACUCAUCCUCUAUAGUGAUGUGUAGGACUUACUCGGCUUCUACAAAAAUUCGAACACACUAUAUGUGAGUUAUAUGAGCUAUAUACCACCUACUGUCACGCCGUGCACCUCCUCAACAGCAACCACGCACACACCACACCCUACACCACCUCUCCCGCCGCCCUCCUCAACGCCCCCGCCGACCACUCCGACUCACCAACCAUCACACAAUGCCUCGCCCCCUCACACCUCUCCACAACAUCAAACGCACCCGGCUCCAUUUUCUGUGUCGCCUGAAUCAUAAACUCCGACAGCGCAGCCGUGAACCGCGUCCGGUCCUCCAUGCUAAUCAGAUACGUAGACUGGCUGCAUACACUGAAGAUUCAUAUCAUUUAUGUAUGGCUGAUGGGAAGAUGCCGCACCUCUAUGUGGUAUCCACCAUAGCUCCUGAGUUGCAGGCAAGUUAUGGGCGGCGAGGCACGAUCUGUUAAUAUAGGAAGGAACGACAAACUUUUGAAGGAAGGAACGACCCUUUAAAUAGGGAAGGAACGACCGACUCCAGAAGGAAAGAGCGAUUGACUCAAGAGGGAAGGAGCGUUCUUUCCUUCUUGGGGGGCUUUACAUUUAUAAGGAAGGAGCGAUUGACUCCAAAGGAAAGAAAGGAACGAUCGACUCUAGAGCGAAGGAACGCUCUUUCCCUCCUAGAUUUUUACAGUUUUUAGGGAAAGAACGACCAGCUCUAGAAGGAAGGAGCGCUCCUUUCUUCCCAGGUGUUUUAUAGUUAUAAGGGAAAGAACGAAAAGAACGACCCACUUCAAAGGAAAGAGCAAUCGACUCAAGAUGGAAGGACCGGUCCUUCCUUCCUAGAGGGGUUUUCAUUUAAAAGGCAGGGGCGA